AUGGUGAUGACGGGCCUGCGCCUGCUGCAGACACAGCCUUUGGCUGCUGCGGCCUUUGAGUAUGCCUCGGUCCUCACGCCGGGUCUCCGCACCCGCGCCGAGGCUCUGGCUGGCGAGGCCGAGGCGCUGGCGGCGGCAGGCGCCGAGGCCGCCGCCCGCGGUGAAGCGCCCGAUGCUGCGGCCGGACGCCGUGCGGCCGAGCUAGCUCAUGUGGUGGCGCUAAGCCAAGAGGUCGCCAGCCUUACUGCUGACAUCGAAGCGCUCAACGAGCUGAUGGCCGAGGACGAGGCCGCCGGCGAGGAUGACGAGGCCGCAGCCGAGUUUGCUGAGCUCGCUGAUGGCCUGGCGACGGCCGAGCGUGCGCUUCGUGCUGCGCUCGUUCCGCGCGAUCCCGAGGACGACGCUGAUGUCGUGCUGGAGAUCCGUGCGGGCGCCGGUGGUGGUGAGGCCUCGCUCUUUGCUGCCGAGAUGUUUGCCAUGUACUCCAAGUACGCUGCCCGACGCGGCUGGCGGGUCGAUCUGCUCGCCGAGUCGGUCUCGGCCGUCGGCGGGAGCCAGAAGGUGGUGGCCGAAGUCAAAGCGCCAUCCAAGCGGGCGUAUGCUGCGCUCAAGUACGAGUCGGGCGUCCAUCGGGUCCAGCGGAUUCCCGAGACCGAAACAACUGGGCGGGUCCAUACCUCGACCGUCUCGGUCGCCGUCAUGCCGCUGCCCGACUCGGCGCUCGGCUCGGCCAACGCCGACAUUCCCGAGUCUGAUCUGCGCAUCGACACCUACCGCGCUUCGGGCGCCGGCGGGCAGCACGUCAACACCACCGACUCGGCCGUCCGCAUCACCCACCUCCCCACCGGCCUCGUCGUCACCAUGCAGGACGAACGGUCGCAGCACAAGAACAAGCGCAAGGCGCUACGCAUUCUCGGCGCACGGCUGUACGAGCUCGAGAUCGAGCAGCGCCAAGCCGAGCAGGCCACGCUCCGCAACGCCCUCAUCGGCUCGGCCGCCCGCUCGGAGCGCAUCCGGACCUACAACUUUCCGCAGUCACGCGUCACCGACCAUCGCAUCGGCCUCACUAAGCACGAUAUCGAUGCCAUGAUGGCUGGCGAGCUGCUCGACGAGUUCUCUGCCGAACUCGAUGCUGCUGCCCUCGAUGACAAGCUCGCAGCACUGGAGGCUGAGAGCGAUGCGAGCAAGUAGUCGACCAUAACUCCCCGAGCCGGCAUGGCUCCCAUUGAACCACCUGCCGCAUCAUCGA